AUAAAUCGGUGGAAAACAAUCGCCACUUCCUCCCGCCGCGGAUUAGACUCUCUACCUUGUUAUCAGUUUGAGGAGGAACUGCGGGUAAUUGGAGGAUAAAUUAACGAACGAAUAAUUCAGUGGCGGAGGAAAACGCAAUGGAAGAGGAGAGAACAAGGCGAAUUGCACUGAACUCGGAAUUUUAUGGAUUUACGAUUGAGCUCUGCUGACAGUUGUUGGCAUAUGCUCGGUGGACGCUAGGUUCUCCGACACUCAAGUACAUACGCAAGAAAUCUGCUGAGACGAUCGCUAUCACCUUGAGAUGAAUCGACUCAGAUUGUCCCUGCUCUUGACCCUCACCCUCUCGUCUGUGACCCUCGCCCUUCGGAAUGGCGCACCACCUGAUGCUUGUGGCCACCUGACUCCCCGUCAUCCUGACACAACCGCGACUCAAAGUUAUCCACCGUAUCAGAUACUUCCGGCUGCUGGACAAGGCAGAAUUCGAGUGAUUCUGGGCAGCCCUCAAGGACUCGCUUACCAGGGAUUCAUUAUCAAUGCUAGGAGUGCUGACACUGGAGAAUAUGUCGGCGAGUUCACCAAUCUUCCGGACAACGUCAAGGCUAUCGAGUGCACGCCCGGGCUCAAGAAUGGAGUUACUCACACAGACACCAGUGAAAAACACAACAUUGAAUUUGAUUGGGAAGCACCCGCCGACUACGAAGGAAUGAUUAUUUUCAACUCGACAUUCGCUCAAGAUUACAGUACGUACUGGGUGGGGAUUGAAUCGCCCCGGAUAACUGUUUUGGGACGUAGCAUAGAGGUGAUGACAUCGCCAACACCUCCACCAACAGAGAGACCAACGACACCGCCGUAUUACGAGGCACCUGUGGCACCCGAAAGCAACGAGGCCCUAGCACAGAAGCGUGCCAUUUACACCGGCUGCGGUACCACGAAAUCCUGUUUCGGUGUUCCAAGCAACUGCGUCGACUCCCAGGACUGCAAAGCGGUCGUCACCGUCUCCGUCCAAGGUGAGCGCUACAUCUUCGAGCUCCAAGGCGAAGGCGGCAAGUACGUGGCUGUGGGUCUCUCCGAGGAUGCGAAAAUGGGUGACGACAGUGUCGUCGAGUGCGUCGAGAACUCCGGGAAAAUUUUCAUCCACCACUCGUGGAAUACCGGCCACAAAAAUGACCGCUUGCCGUCGCAAUCCGGAAUACUGAAUCUCGAGCACAGCAGCUUUGUGGACAACAGAAUCUACUGCAAGUUCACCCGCGAGCGGAGGACCGUCAUUAAGGGCCACGAAUUCGACAUCGAGAAUAAGGCUUAUCACCUUCUCAUAGCUAUGGGCAAGGAUCUCAAACAAAAUGGCGUUGGCUACCAUAAUCUGCGAGAAGCGUCUGCUGAGGCGAGACGUCUGUCGGACGUAGCUAGGAUUGCAGCAACUGACGACGUACUUAUCCGUGUUCACGGGGCCCUGAUGAUCGCUUCCUGGAUUGGAACAGCUUCCGUUGGUAUCCUGAUGGCUAGGUACUACAAGCAAACAUGGCUGCGGUCGUCGCUCUGCGGUAAGGACCAGUGGUUUGCGUGGCAUCGAUUCUUCAUGAUCCUGACUUGGGCCAUGACUAUCGCCGGAUUCGUCGUCAUCUUCGUGGAAAUUGGCACCUGGAGUUCUGCCACUGUUCACGCGUCCUUGGGCGUUGUGACGACAGCUCUUGCGUUUAUUCAGCCCUUCAUGGCGGCGUUGAGACCCCAUCCUGGCACUCCUCGGCGGCCAUUGUUCAACUGGGCCCAUUGGUUCGUUGGCAAUGCUGCGCACAUCUGCGCGAUCGUCGCGUUGUUCUUCGCUGUGAGGUUAACUAAAGCAAAGAUACCGGACUGGGUUGACUAUGUGCUCGCAGCGUACGUUGUCUUCCAUGUUGUGACGCAUAUUGUGUUGUCAUUCGCUGGGUGUGCCUCGGACAGGCAGGACAGCCAGAGGAUCAAUGCCUUUCCCAUGAAGGAUCUUCAGAGGGGCUCCAUGGGACAUCCUGACGCCAGACGGGACGCCCCAUUGGCUGCCAUGAGGAAAUCCAUAUUCGCCAUUUAUUUUAUUGUUAUUGCUGUGUUUGUCGCGGCGCUGGUAGUGAUUGUUGUUUUGGCGCCCAUCGAAGAUUCGUGGGCCAAGUUUACGGAUAAUUUUUGAAGAGGUUGGAUGAUGUUGGGGAAUCUUGAGCGGAAAAUUCGUGAUUCUGAGCGAGUGGGAGAAUAUGCGAGUUUUUUGGAGGCGGGUUAUCUCUGAAUAGAGAGGGGUUUGAGAGAAAUAUCGUGAGGACUUUUUGUGGGGAAUUUCAUGAGCUAUACAAAAGGUGUUGGUAUUUUUCGAGAAACUCAUCAGCUAUAAAGAUAUUUUCAAAAUUAUUUGAACGGUAAUUUUUGGCAAAUUUGUCGGUAAUUGUUAGAUUCUCUCAGAAAGGAGUAGUUUUUCUUGAAAAUGUCACAGAACCCUUCUCAUGAAGGAGAAAAUUCAUUACAAAAAAAAUUCCUCACAUUCUUUCUCAGAUAACUCAUUACCGAUUUAAUUGACAAAUUAACGAAGAAUUAUUUCGCAACAGCAGUCGCCUCAAUAUUCGCAAUCAAAUGAUAUUUAUGUAUAACACUUGUUCGUUAAUUGAAAUGAUUGAUUAUGGGAUUUAAUUGGUCUUUAGGACAACAGAAAAUUGAAAUCACGAUUGAUGGAGCAAGUCAUUUGAAUUUGAGCGGAUUUUCAUCUCACUGAUUUCCCAAUUACUCUGUGUACAUAUCGAAUUGGUGGCCUACAAAUUGUUUAAAAGUGAUGCCUACAAAUUGUUUAAGAGUGUAGAAUCAUUAAUUGAGAGAUGAAUUUUAUUGAAAGAUAAGUUAUGAGCGACGGAAGUUGGACCUCCGAAUGGUGCAUUUACUUAAAUCUGUCUUUCCGCGAGUUGUUCUGUUACUGAGGGUAAUCACAGCAACUACGCUGGUUGCUGAACAUCUACCUGAUAUUAACUUUCGUACUUUUAUGUGCUAUAUGUAUGACGUAACAAUAGUUUUUAUAUUUAAUUGAUUAAAUUUAUUGAUUCAGCUGAGGAUUUCGGUGAUUUUGAUUACUGUAUUGAGUAUUUUCAUUUAAUUCUGCAGUAUUAGUUCAUUUUUUGAGAAGCUUGUGAGGAUUUACUUGAUGUUCGAGUGGAUUGAGUGGAAUUGUCGAAGGAUUUAUACGAAAUUUAUCAAAUAGAAAUAAAUGAUUUGGUUUAUUACUUGAA